AGCAAGAGGUUGAUUCAAAAGAUGCUAUUAUACUGCAUCAAUUUUCAAGGCCUAACAAUGGUGUUCCAAGUUUAUCUCCUUUCUGUCUGAAAAUGGAAACUUAUUUAAGGAUGGCUGAUUUACCCUACCAGAACUAUUUUGAUGGAAAACUUUCCCCUCAAGGGAAAAUGCCUUGGAUUGAAUACAAUCACAAAAAGGUGUCUGGCACUGAGUUCAUUAUUGACUUUUUGGAAGAGAAACUUGGAGUGAAUUUAAAUAAAAACCUUGGUCCACAUGAAAGAGCUGUUUCCAGAGCAGUGACAAAAAUGGUGGAGGAGCACUUCUAUUGGACUUUAGCGUAUUGCCAAUGGGUGCAUAAUCUCCAUGAGACACGAAAGAUGAUUUCGGUGUAUGGCCCCUUUAGUGACUUACUGAAGUGGAUUCUCUGUCAUCUGACAAAAGGGAUUGUGAAACGGGAAAUGUAUGGCCAUGGCAUUGGCCGCUUCUCUGAGGAAGAGAUAUACACAUUGAUGGAGAAAGACAUGCGGUCCCUAGCAGGCCUUCUGGGUGACAAGAAGUACAUUAUGGGACCGAAGCUUUCCACUGUGGAUGCCACUGUCUUUGGACAUCUGGCACAGGCAAUGUGGACACUGCCAGGGACUAGACCAGAGAGACUAAUCAAAGGUGAACUGAUUAACCUUGCUAUGUAUUGUGAACGAAUAAGGAGGAAAUUUUGGCCAGAAUGGCACCAUGAUGAUGAUAACACUCUAUAUGAAUCCGAGGAAAGCAGUGAAGCAAGCAAGACUCACUCCCCCUUGCAGGACUUCAGCUUUUAUUCAAGGACAGAAACAUUUGAUGAGGAAGGGACAGAGAACAGCAUUUCUCAUACCCCUGACACAGAUUACACUGGACACUCCCUCUUUGAUUCGGAUGUGGACAUGGAUGACUGCCGAGAUCAGGAACAAUGUUCUGAAGAGGUUUGUACCAUUUUGGAAGAGAUCAUUGUGCUCGAUGUGGCUAUCAUAUGCUACCUGGACUGUUUCAGCCUUAUUUCUUUUUGUGUAACUGUUCAGAGGGAACCAAGGUUAGAAGCCAGAAUAAAUCUACUGGAUUUACUCACCUACGUGAAGUUAAGCACGUACACCAGUGUUGCUUGGCCUGGACUAGUUGAUUUUUGAGCAGAAAGAAAGCGUUUGGAAAAUAAAGAUAGUUUUGGUCUUGUGAACAUACGACUGAGAUCAGAUAUUUUGCCUGCAAACUUUGACAGUGGCCCUUUUAAAAAUAUUUUAACUGUAGCUUUCUUGGUAAUUUACAUCAAUCAGGAUCCCUCAGUAAAAUUUUUAUAGUAUGUUGGUUGUGUCACAGGGUCUGGGAAGAGACAUGGCAGACAAGUGCCUUGGAAUGUAAAUUGUUGGUUGUCCUGAUAGCCUGGAGUUUGAAAUACGCAGAAGAAUUUCAGCGCUUUCAGGGAAAACCCCUUUUUCUAGGGAUCUUUUCACAGUUGGUGGAGUAUCUCCUAGACAGGAAAAUGCUUGCUCUGGGGGAAACACAGAACUGGCUGACUCUGAAAGCAGAAGGGGAUAAUUCUGCAGUGAAUGCCCAUGCCUGUUCCGUGCACGGGGGCUGCUACAAUGAGAGCACGCAAUUGGUGCGGUCUGAGGUGUGUGUGUUUGCCUCUGUUUCCUAAAUUCCCCGCCCAGUUCCUUGGAACUUGGCUCUAAUCAGUGAUCUCUGUUGUCGUGGAUGAGUAUCACUUGCAAAAAGAAUCAAAAAUGAAAGAGGAAGAUAUCAUCCAAUUACUUAGGACUCUUUCCAGCAAACUAAGCACGGGAGUAGGGCACAAAAAGUUAUGUCUUGGGCUUGAAAGCGCAGAGGUGAUGGUCUGGAAUGCCUAUGAAACAUCACAGACAUCAGGACAGAUGUUAGCUACAAAAAUUUGGGUCCUGAUAUUCUGAAUAUCAGGGAUCUACAUCAGGAAAAUCUUAUUUAAAAAUGUACAUGUGUUUGUUUAUCCAUUAAAGUGAGCUUUUAAAGCUCUAUAUUUGAAGGCUGAGCUUUCACCACCUUCUCAGCAUUGGGAGAGUUUUGCUUCCAGGCUUGGAGGUCCCUGCUGACAGCAGAUAUGUGCCAGCAGUAAGUCUCAAUUACUAAAAGAUCAGCUUGAGUUCAGAGGGCAAUCCUUUCUUUAUAAGUUUGCUAGGCUGGCCCAUCGGUCUCUGGCAGCAAUGUUUGUGUAAUCUCAAAAUACAAGGUAACCGGAAGUCAGUGACAUAAUUUUACCCUUUUGCGUAUAUUUGUCUAGAUUUUGACUCCAUAUGGCUGCACGCAGCAGCAGGCAUAGAAGUAGCGCAAAUCCAGUGUUAUGGCACUAUCUUAUUCCCCAAUAUCUGAAAUGCUUUUCAGUGGGUAGCCCGAAACUUUGUUCCCAGAAUUACCUGUAUGAUAGAUUCAGUGCUCUUAUGCAGUACUGAACCUAGAGGAGUGAGAAUCUGAGUCAAGAAUAUUCCUCUUGAUAUCUUCCCAAAGUUGAGGAGGGUGAAAAAAUCAAAAGCGUUCUGUAGUCUUUUAUUCCAAGUGACUGGACUACUAAAAAGGUUUUUCCUUCCCUCAUGGUUAUAUCUUCGUGAUUUUUUUUCUUUAAUGUAAUAGGAGAAAGAUGGAAGAAGCAAAAUCAUUUGAAAUCUUUGUCACAUCUUGUGAGGGAUGUUUACUGAAAUUGCAUUUCAGAUAGUAAAAACUGAGAAAGCUGUAGGCUUGUGGUAGGUCUCAUUAGAGCACGUUCACAGAGCCUGGGCAAGUCAGUUCUUCAGCACAGGCAGAAAACUUGAUGUUUCUGGCGUUGUUUGAAUCCAGUGCAAAUGGCUACAUUAUGGGGGUGUUCAGAAAAAGCUCAGACUUGGAUCCAGGAGUGUCAGACUUGCUCCACGUGCUCAGGCCAUCUAUGGCGCAUGCGUUUUUAUGCCUGGUGCUCCAGGCACAGGGCGUUCAGAGUUUGCAGAAAUCAGUGUUUCCGAGGAAAGCAAAUAAUAUGAGAAGAGAGGAUCCAUUUAUUCAACUCGUCUACACACAAGUAAGCCUUCAUUUUGCAUGUGUAGCCACAGGGGUCAGGAGCUUUUAAAGCUGCUUGGAACAAUGUGAAUAUGGGCUUUCUCUGGAUUGAGGCUGAUAUAAUUUAGGGCAGAGUUUUGAGUCAGGGGGUUUGCUGUUUCAGUAGAUUCCAGUGUAACCAUUAAGUCUGAAUGAAGAAUAAUUACUACUUUGAGAAUUUCAGAGCUGAGACAAGAUCCAGAAAAAGGAUUUGGGUGUCCCAGUGAAGACUUAUCUAGUUGCCAUCUACUCUUGAGUUCUGGGUUCUGCUCCAAGGGCGUUUUAUACAAUGACUGUUUUUGUGUAGAAGGCAUAAAGGAUUUCAGGAGCAGGAACCGCAACCUGAAUGACCACAACAAGCUUGAGCUCCUAGCUAGCUCCUGACAACCAGGAACUCCCCUUUGAACGCAGGGAAUCCUCAGGUCAGUUGGCUGUUUUCCCAACCAGGAACGGGGGAAAAAAGUAACUCCUUGUCUGAAGGAGCUAAUAAUAUGUCUUUUGAGGUAACCACCUGGGAAGUAUCUUCUGAAAUUACCCUGGACAGAAGAGGAAAUUGAACUUUGUUGUUAACUACAGGUGAGUACCUGAACCCAGAGACUGAAAUACCACAGAAGAGUGAUAUAGAGGGGUUGGGGGAAGGAAGAAAGGUUAGGUGAGGUGGACCCCAUCCUGGCCUCUGCUAAGCAGUAGGAGAUUUGGCUGGGCUCAGAUCAUAUUGCUACGUUCCUCCAUGGUAACGUACCACUUCAGUUUGGCAUUUCGUCAUGUCAAAGUUUGCAGUGGGGUCACAGUUACAUUUGCAUGUAGAGUUUUUGCUUUUGCCUCAUUUUUGAAUAAUCAGCAUGCCUCAGUGGAGGCUUAACUUGACUCUGACAAGUGCAAUAACACAUUUUGUUGUAGAAAGUGAAACAAAAUAAAAUGAAGGAUCCAAAAGGAUAACAAAAGCAGAAGCAGCUUUUUAUUGUCAACCGAGAUUUCUCAAUUUAUUAAUCAGUUAGGUGAAUGUAUUUUACAGCAUGUCACAUGCCUUCCACUUCUUAGGAAUUACCCAAGUUAUUUUAGAGAAGAAGCUAAUAACAUUCUCCUCGUGGCAGUUAUUCUAGGAAAAAGUCUACAUUUUUGUGUUUGGGUAUGUUUCAAACUAGGUAUGAAAUUACAAAGCAGUCUCUCUUUUCUGAAAACAUGUAUAGUGUACUGUCAAGGUUUAGUAGGAAAUCUUUGGGUUCACUUAUCCUGUCCAAACCAAACAUUGACUGUUAGACGUGCUUAAAAGGAUUUAAUCCAAGCUUUUUUCUUUUGAAAAAUGUUUGUGGCAAAAUGUUUUCGAAAAACCUUAAAAAAAAAAGGCUUACUUAAACAACAGUAAAAGAAGUGGUAGACCGUUUUGGCUCACGUGGAGAAAGUGAGAGAAGACAAGAGUUUUCUCCAACAAAAAUAAAACUUUUUUUUUUUGGAAACUUCCCAAAAUUUUACUAGGAGAGCAACAUUUUCUUAGUCCUUCACUGCUUCCCUUUGAUCAUCUCGAUUGUUAUCUUAGUGCUGAGGGACUAUAUAGAACGGAAAAUUGUCAGAGAACAUCCUUUUUUCCUCCCUCACUGUCCCUUGAUCUGAUGCUCUAUUCUUCAAAAUUGCAAAUAAGUCCAUUUUAAGGAUCUUUGUGAUUCUGGCCAGAACGUUGACUGAGGGCCUGGGAAAUAGGGUGCCUGUAGUGGUGAAAUCCAGGACAGCCCCACACUGCAGAAUGCGUGGCUGGUAAGUUUUAAUGGCUUUUUCAAACUGGAGCUGGAGGGCAAAGGAGUCCAUGACAUUAGGUCUAAGAAGACAUUGAUUGCAAAAGAUUUCUCUCUGGUUGAGCAUCCCACAGCUGCUCUGGAAAUGGCCAGACUCUCAUUACAGAGUGACAUUAGAAAGGGUUCAAAAGGCCUGUGUCCUGAGAGUUGAAUGUCUUUGAGAUAUUUGAGAGCUGCAGCUCCUUUUCUUCCAGUGCUUGAGUGUGCUGCCUGCACAGCAGUUGCGGUCUUUUCUGGUGGCUCGUACUGUGAGGCUUCACCUUUGGUAUUGAAAGGGAGCCUCCCAGCCUGUCAUGCCCAACACUGUGUGCAGGGAGGGUGAUAACGAUCUCGGCCUGAUCUGAGCUUGGUUGUGGUCACAGCUGAAUCUCCUGGUCUGGUUUUGGGGAGAACCCUGUAGGCAGUCCCCACGGAAGGAAAGCUAGCUCAGCACACCUCCUUCGCUCUGUCCACCCCUUCCCAAAAUGUUGCAAGAGGCACUUUAUACCCUUUGGAUGGGCACAGGAGGAAGCAGCAUGUGUGCGUGAGAGAGACUUACUAUGGGAUGCAGUCAUGUCGUUGACUGACGGAUCCGCAGUAAAGGACACAGUCUGAAUCUGUGAUUUCAGGCUAGUGUUUUGCAAGUAUAAUUCCACCAACCUUAUUGGAACCAUGCUUUAUUCACAUGCUGGAGUCUCUCUCUUCAUUACUGCUAACAGCUAAUGCAGUUUCUCCCUGUUACUUCAUUUUAAAUACCAUCAAAGGCUAAGAAAUAAAUUUAUUUCUAUAAUGCUAUUUUAAGAGGAUAGAUAAUUAGUCUUUUCUUCAUUUGGCAAAUGGGAAUUUAAAGAAAGCCCUGCAUUUUCAAUAAAGUUAAAUUUAAAACAGUCGGCUUUGUUUCUUAAUGUGAAUUGCAGUGUCUGAUUGUGUAACACUUUGGCAUGUCAAAAUGGAUUUGUUUAUCAGUAUCAGCAUCACUGGCUGUGUCAGCAGAGCUCACUGUUACCAAGUAUAGUCAGUGGGGAAAACACGGACGCUGGGACGUAUAGGUCUUACAGAAACUCUACAGAUGUGGUGCUUGAUUUAAAAACCAAACCGAACCUGAUGUUUCAGAUCUGGAGGACUGUUCCCUUCCAAUUAUAACACUGCAAGUCACACAUUUUGAACUUUAAAACCGUGGCAAUGUCUCUCCAGAUCUAUAUUCUCUUUGAAAAAAUACUGCCUGAAAUAUUUCUGCAGCAGCAGUUCAGGCACAAAUUUCCUUUUGUCAAUGAUGUCUGCUCAAGUAAUCAUGACAGUUUCAUACUGUUUUCAUUGAAAGGGUUGUAUCUGUCAAAUACUAAGCCUUACAAAGUAUUGCCUGCUGGAAAAGUGUGUUAUGUGCAGAUUUAUGCAGGGCAGCUCACCAAGUGAAAUUUGAAGGAGAUGAAUUCAAGUGGAUAUUGACCUUAGAUGUUUGAAUAAUAAUUUGAAUUUGUCCUCUGACAAGUAGCUAUUUAGCAUAACCUCCCCACCUCACCCCCAAAUACUGCAAAACUAUGAGUUAGGCAUAGGAUCAAACUAAACGCUCAUUAAACACAGAAUUACGUUGGACAGCCUGCUAACUGGGAUAUGGAAGUUAAUAGACGUAGUAUAGGUGUUAGUCUUGCCACUACAUAUCAGCGACUGCGAUGUGGAGGAAUAUCCAAGUAAUGUCGUCUAAUCUUCCAUGGACAACGAUGAUGAAAGAUACCUUUGAAUGACCACAGUGGUUUUCAGUGGCUUGUUAGUGCUACUAGUAUUCACGUAUGCUGUGCUUUGCUUCAGGUAUUCAUUAGUGCUAAAUGGACAGAGAAGGGACUCCUUUUAGUAGCUCCUUGUCGGCUGAGGCAGUCAACGUGCUGUCACCCUGUCCUUGCCCUACAGAAUCGUGUGCUUACGAUGAAGGGAAAGGAAAAUGAAAGGAUCCUUCUGGAGUCAACCUUUUUAUAGAGGGUUGCAGUGAAUUCAGCCUCAAGCUUAUUGAUGAACCUGCUCUGGUGAGGUACCGUUGGCCUUCGUGUUUGGUUGGUGGCCUUUCGGAGGGAAGGUGCUCUCCAACCCUCAGUGCCUCGUGCGUAGGUCUGUGUGAAGGUGGGAGGAGGGAUUUAAUUUUCAGGCCACUGACCCUACCUAGUCUUUACAGCUUUGCAUUGGUGGAGAGAACUGGCAACAGCAAUCAGCUCUGUCUCAGCAGUUUUGAGCAGUCCUCUCCCUGAUGGUCAUCAUGGAGGGCUUCUCUUUCAUCCUUUUUCUGUACUUGGUAACGUGGAGUACCUGUCAGCAGAGGUUUUUACAGUUUCCUGAUGAGUGUGCAAAAUGAAUGGGGUAUCUGUGUACAGCACAGGAGUGUUAACUGAUGAAAAAUGUUCAUUGUGUCACUACAGUGCUAAACUCGUAGUACCGCAUCUUGUUUGCCCUACUCACAAAUUUUUAAGGCCAGAGGAGAACAUUACAGGCAUUUAGUUUGACUUGUGCAUAAGAACGAUUGUAGGAUUUCAUCUAAUGAUUUCCAUAUUCAAUUCAGCAACCUAAAGCUGAAUUGGAGCAUAUACUUUCAAAAGGCAUUCAAUUUUUACAGAACGAAUAAAUUCUACCCCCUUUGAAGUCACUGACAAAAGUGCCAUAAGCUUCAGUAGAGCCAACGUUUCCUACUGAGGUUACAAGUGACAGAAUUUACCACAUCUCUUAGUCCUGUGUCUAAUUAUGCUCACCUAAGAACUUGCAUUAUUGGGGCUAUUUCCUAGAGUAAGACAAGCAAGAUAUGACCCUUGUUUUUUUAAACUCUCUAAAAGACAGUGCUUUUUAAGCUUCACUUGUUGUGACGGUAUUCUCACUGGGCGCUGUGUUUGCGUGUAUUCUUCCCUCACUUUUUAAUUUAUUCUUAUAACUAAUCUUUCCUAGAAUGUACAGGUUUUUAUUUUUCAGGAUACUUGAAAAAUGCAGGUCCCCAGGUUUUUACCGCUGGGAUGUGUAGCAGGAAUAAAGUCUGUGUGUGUGGGUAAGGGGGAAGGGAUACAUCCAGCUGUAUACAGUGCACAAGGUUUUACUAGUAAAAUGAAACAACACGUUGCUCCAUGAAGACUUCAAUGCUGUAGCUGCAUUAUGUUGUUUGUCUAUGAAAUUACAUGAGACAUGUUAAUUUAGCACUGUUAUUACUACUAGUUUAUAAAGCCAUAUUUAAACUUGUACACUUAAUUGUAACAUAACUUGAAAUUGUGCACUGUGUUGAUUUGUGUAUAUAUAUAUAUGAAAAUCUGUAUAUUUCGUCUUUAUGCUGUAUAUGUCACUGGUGUGUAAAUGAUAAGUACUGGAUCUAAAAUAG